GCGGUGUGCAGCGGCGGCGGUUCCCCUCACACACACACACACACCACGCGAACGAGAUGAAGAGGCGGCUCUGUCGACGUUGAGGCGCCGACCGACCGACCGACCGCAGAUCCGAGCGGAGAUGGGGGACGGCGGGCAGGAUAUCAACGCCAACCCACUGAAAGGCGACGUCCACGAUGGCGACCAGGAGCUGGAGCGGGCGCUCGACCGGUGGCUGCUGUGGGAUCAGAAUCCCAAGACUAAAGCUGAGAUUGAGAAGCUCCAUCACGAUGGGAAGAAGAAGGAACUGCGUGAUCGUCUGUGUUACAGAAUGACGUUUGGCACGGCGGGGCUGCGAUCCUCCAUGGGUGCAGGCUUCUCCUGCAUUAACGACUUGACCAUCAUACAGUCCACUCAGGGUUUAUUGAAAUACCUCGAGAGGUGCUUCUCGGACCUGGAGCAGAGGGGUGUAGUGAUUGGAUAUGAUACCCGUGGUCAGGAGAAGAGCAGGUGUAGCAGUAUGAGGCUUGCCCAAUUGACAGCUGCAGUAUUCCUUGGCAAGGAAAUACCCGUGUAUUUGUUUUCUACGUAUGUGCCAACUCCAUUUGUGCCCUAUGCUGUUCGGCAGCUUCAUGUUGCAGCUGGUGUGAUGAUUACUGCAUCACAUAAUCCCAAGGAAGACAAUGGAUAUAAGGUGUAUUGGGAAAAUGGAGCACAGCUUGGUGCUCCUCAUGAUAAGAGAAUCCUGCAGUGUAUUGAGGAAAACCUGGAGCCUUGGCAGGAGUCCUGGAACGGGAACUUGUCUGACGUCAGCCCCUUGCGGCAGGAUCCUCUGAAUGAAAUCUCUGCACUUUACAUGGAAGAUCUGAAAAAGCUAUGCUUUCACAGAGAACUCAACAGCAAGACGUCAGUCAAGUUUGUGCACACUUCCUUCCACGGCGUUGGGCACGACUAUGUGCAGGCGGCGUUCAAGGCGUUUGGCUUCGCUCCACCCAUUCCAGUUCCGGAGCAGAAGGAUCCAGACCCCGAGUUUUCCACUGUCAAAUGUCCCAAUCCAGAGGAGGGCGAAUGUGUGCUGGUUCUUGCAAUCAAGUUGGCUGAGAAGGAAGGGGCUCGGGUUGUGUUGGCCACAGAUCCCGAUGCCGACAGACUGGCUGUUGCAGAAGAGCAAGAGGAUGGCAGAUGGAAGGUGUUUUCUGGCAACGAGCUGGGGGCUCUCCUGGGCUGGUGGAUGUUUAGCUGCUGGAGGAGUGAGCACCCCGACCUCUCUGACGUGAAGAACGUCUACAUGCUGGCCACAACCGUCUCCUCCAAAGUCCUGCAGGCCCUCGCCGUUCAUGAAGGCUUCCACUUUGAGGAAACUCUGCCGGGGUUCAAGUGGAUUGGAAACCGAAUCGACGAGUUGCUUCAGAGCGGGAAAGAAGUGUUGUUCGCAUUUGAGGAAUCCAUUGGCUUCAUGUGCGGCACGCUGAUGUUUGACAAGGAUGGGGUGAGUGCAGCAGUGGUGGUGGCCGAGAUGGCGGCGUAUCUGGAGACCAGAAACCUCACCAUAGUCCAGCAGUUGAAUAACAUUUACAGAACGUAUGGUCAUCACAUCUCCAGAACCUCUUACUUUAAAUGUUACGACCCUGCUACAAUUAAGAAAAUCUUUGAACGGCUUCGGAACUAUGAGACGGAAAGUCAGUACCCUUGUCUCUGUGGCUCAUUUGAAAUUUUGCACAUCAGGGAUGUAACCACUGGAUUUGACAGCAGCCAACCCAAUAAUAAGUCGGUGCUGCCGGUGAGCAGGAGCAGCCAGAUGAUCACCUUCACCUUCCUCAACGGGUGUGUGUCCACACUGAGAGCCAGCGGCACUGAGCCCAAGAUCAAAUACUACGCCGAGUUCUGCGCCCCGCCAGGUCAGAGUGACACGGCCCACCUGGAGGAAGAGCUGAACAGACUGAUCGAUGCGCUGGUCAAACACUUCCUCGAGCCGGAGAAGAACGGCCUGAUCGCCCGCGUUUAAAGAUGCUACUGCCGUAACCAGAGCGUGUGUGGCGUUGGAGCGAGAGAGUGAGAGAGUGAGAGAGCGAGAGAGAGAGAGUGAGCGAGAGAUAGAGAGAGAGAGAGAGAGAGAGAGCGAGAGCCUGUGGGGAAUGCCAGCAGACCAGUGUGCUCUGAAGCAGAGAUGAAGAGGGCGAUACACUGCCGAUGCUGUGUGCGUGUCAACUCUGUCCCCAGGGUGAGGGGGGUGAACAAUGAGCCCGGCUUUAAUCCAGAGUAGAUGUAUGGCCCGUUUGCUAGGAAGUUCUUGUCACUCGCUCCCUGCCUCUGGUGUCUCCUACUGCGGUGCUGGACAUUUAUUCACUGGAUCCUGCUGCAUUUGUCUGAUGUAAACACCACUGCAAACAGAAUCCUUCCGUGCUGCAGGCUAACGUUGGAGGCACGGGGAACUGCAGGUGCUGGAAGAUCUUGCAUAGAAAGCAAAGUGCUGGCGUUAGCUCAGCGGGUCAGGCAGCAUCUGUGGAGGACAGGGUUAGGUGACACUUUGGGUCUUCAGACGUGAAAGGGUCCCGGAGGUGAAACAUGGCCCAUUCUUGUCCUCCAUGGAUUCUGCCUGAGCCACUGAGUUACUCCAACGCAUUGCGUUCCCAUCAGUGUUCUGUGUUGUGGGGACUUGGUCAGCAGGUGCCAGGGACCUGUCCGGGGCUGUACAGGUGUGCUGGUAUGCAAGAGUACAGAUGUGCAGGCAUACAGAUGUGCAAGUGUACAGAUGUGCAGGUGUACAGGUAUGCAGGCAUACAGGUGUACAGGCAUACAGGUUUGGUUUCUCCUCCCUCUCUGCUCAAACAUUUCCUGCACAUUAACACCCAGGGACGCUGCUCAACAUGCCGAGUUUCUCCAGCCAUUUGUUUGUUGCCCUGCAUGCCAGUUUUUGUGGAGUCUUUUGGCGUAACUGAAUGGGGGUGGAGAGAGACUCGCGGCGAAACAACUCGCCAGCCCUCCCCAACUGCGGAGGUCACAGGCCCAGCCUCUUGUCACCUUAGACAGACACGAAAUGCUGCAGUAACUCAGCGGGAUAGGCAGCAUCUGCGGAGAGAAGGAAUGAGUGACCAUUCGGGUCGAGACCCUUCUUCAGUCUGAAGACAUCUCAGUCCUUCUCUCCAGAUAUGCUGCUUGUCCUGCUGAGUUCCUCCAGCAUGUUGUGUCUGUCUAUGAUUUAAACCAGCAUCUGCAGUUCCUGGCCCCCGUUCAUCCCACUGCUACAGACGGGCUUCUGUGCAAGGGUAGUGGUGAUGGUGGGAGUGAGGGAACCCUCCGGCCAGUCGCUCUGGCAUAUACACGGCCGGCCCUCUCGCCCCUUGGAUCACCAAAGAUCGCCCAGACAGGCGUUACACUUUACCGAUGCCCUGCCAUCGACCUGUGGCGGCAGUGUGGAGACAGGGAGCCAGGGGCUUGUGUGCGUGCGUGACCUGUGCUAGGGUGAUCCAUGCACAGGUGUGUGUUUGCCUGUCUGAAUGAGCGUGUCUGAGAGGCCAUGCACCUGUGCGUGUGUGUUUGAACGCACAUCUGUGUGUUAGAGUGUGUGCACGCGUGUGUGUGCGCACUAGUGUUUGUGUACAAGCUUGUUUGUG